UUUGGUCUCCAUUCACCCAUUGGCCACGGAACGGAACGGAACGGGAGAGGCGUAUGUGAGCUGGGCCCCAAGUGUUCCAAACACUCUUGGAAAUGUCAAUGGUUACCUAUGCCUACGAUAUUACUCCCGGUCUUCUGAUACGUAACAAUCACAACGCUUACACUCUCCUCAACCUUGUAAGCAAGAAUAUGCAUCUUACAGGGAGAUCGACCGAUGUAAAGAUAGCGUCAAGACUAGCCAUGAUCAACCUCGUUGCAUCCACUUCUGCUCAUUUCGACUGGGCCCAAGCCUGCGAGGAUCCAAUAAUACAGCCAAUUACAGAGCCGAGAUACUUGCUGUGUCUGGGCGCGAGCUUUGGGAGCUUUGGCCCGUUCCUCGUCUUCAACUCUGGUUCACCAGUAAAAGGAGCUUUGGGGCAUAAGCAAUAUCACCUUGUUGAACCAAGGCAAAUGGAUGGUCCGAAAGAAGUAGAAAUUCACUCAGAGUAAGGUGUAAUGAGCGGUUUGUUUGCACUCGGGAGGCAAAACAGUAGCAUAUUAAUGAGGGAUAUCAUGAUGGUGGCGGCACACCAAGAAAAUCCAACCAUGAUACCACCCAAUCUCAAUCAAGGUUGCCUGCUUCCCUUAUUCUUAUUCUCGGCUACUCUGUCUCGUCUGUGCAUUGUGCAUACCUACGUACUCAACCUGACUGCAACAUUAUAUCUGCAAAGGACCGAUCUCGAACAUCCAGUCCUCAGGGAGCAAGAAAACUUGAGACAUAAGAGGAGGAUGUUAAAAUAAACUCAGUAAAGAGCCCCCCAAGUUUAGGCUAGAGUUAUCUGAAUAUUUUCAUCAUCUAGGAUAGAGGUCCUACGUUUUCUUGCCUCCCCUAGCCAGUCUCACCAACUUCCCACCUCGAGUGCUAAUAAUAUCAGCGGUAAAUGGAUACCUCGAGAAGAAAUGGGAAACAAUAUACCGGGGAUCCUGGCUGGUUGGCCCGCCGCAAGCCUACAAGGUGAGAGAUCGCUGGUGCAAGUGGUGAAGUGGUGGGGUUUAAUCCCAGUGGUAUGGGUAUCGUGAAGGGGAGACGAAGGCACUAUUGAGCCUCAUCUCAUCUCCUCCCCGCAAGCCAUCAUAACUGGUUGGUAAGGAUGAACAGGGACGGGUACCAGAGCAUGGGAACAAGCCUCCAUUCCCCAACGGCCAGGGAAAAAAACAAAACACAUGGGAGCUGAGAUGACCUAGACCAGGUAGGUGCAGUAUCUCCAGUAUCACCGAGUUAGUAGACGGUCUGCUCGACCAUUGCGAGCUGGGUUGUCACCGCAAGUCUACGAAUCUCGCCUCCUAUGUUACCCAACCUUUACUAAAUCUGCACCAACAAAAAGAGAGGCAAUUGCUGGAAAAGGACAAGAAGCAGAAUCAGUUGAGAGUGCAAGACAGGGAAAGAAAAAAAAAAUCCAUCAAAAUCGACUCGACGUCACUGUUACAACUUGUCACCCAAUAGAUCGCAGAAAAAGUGUCAAUAGUUCUAAACUACUGUCGUUGUUCGGCUUCUUUUGUCCGCCUAGGAAAAAGCUCCCUCGCCACCCCCACCAAGUUUACAAGCAACAGCUGCAAGCCCGGCAUCACCGCCCCGCAUCUAACUCUGGCGCUGGUGCUGGCCUCCCCUUUCCCUCUCGCUCCCGUUCGUUUAUUAGCUGCUUGACCUGCUUGACCUGGUUACCUUAAUUCAUUCCUCUCCUCUCGCUGACUCUCUCUCUCUCUCUCUCUCUCUCUCCGGUAACAACUUCUUGAUCCUUCUCCUCUUUCUUCAUCCCCCCAAAGGCUAUCUGCUACUCCCGUUGGCUUCCAUCGUGUUACUCUAAUUCCACCUUAUUAAUAUUCUCCACGACUCGACCGACUCCCUUCACAAUGGCCAGUGCUAUCAAGAGUGCGCUGCCUACCCACCUCAAGCCCAACAGCGGCGAUGAGCAGGGCAAUGAGCGUCGUCAUGGCAAGACGCGCAGUCACAUGGUGAGUUGAUGUGAAUCAAGAUACUGCUUCACCUCCCCAUCGUCACAUGCCACAUUAUACAAAACAGAUGCGAUUGCCUACCUUUGGUCGCUCACGGCGAAGCUUCACUGUAUCAAAAGCUUAAUCGUGACGCUCAUUGCACCCUCAAUUACAAUCAUAUGGAUGUCCAGGCACUUGACAUGGCUGCAAACAGGCUCGCGUUUCCACAUCUGUCAGAUGGACUUGGUUACGGGCCGCGCAUUCACUCGAAGCUUGAUGGCUUUAAAGUGCCUCGAUGAGGGUGCGAAGCUUCGUCUUCGUCUUCCUCUCCCCACCACUAACUGAACGACGGACCUUAACAAACAUCCCGUAUCAUAUUUUCAUCAUAAACCAUACUAACCCAGUAUGCUCCAGGCUUUCGAGAACACCUCCACCAACGUCGCUGCUGCUCAGAUGCGAAAUGCUCUGACCAACCUCGCCGAGACCGUCAAGGAUCCCGAACAGAAGAAGGCAAGUCCUUUAACCCGAAACAUGUGAUUCCUGAAUCAGUCAAGACUAACCAGACGACAGUUGUUCGAGACUGAGAUGGACAACUUCUUCGCCCUUUUCCGACGAUACCUCAACGACAAGGCCAAGGGCAACGCCGUAGACUGGGAUCGCAUUGCUCCUCCCGCUCAGGGUCAGGUUGUCGAUUACGAGGAUCUUGCCAACACCGAGUCUGUCCAGUUCCUCAACAAGCUGGCUGUUCUCAAGCUCAAUGGUGGUCUGGGAACCUCAAUGGGUUGUGUCGGCCCCAAGUCCGUUAUUGAAGUCCGUGACGGCAUGUCCUUCCUCGAUCUUUCCGUCCGACAGAUCGAGUACCUGAACCGUACCUACGACGUUAACGUCCCUUUCAUUCUCAUGAACUCCUUCAACACAAAUGACGACACUGCCGCCAUCAUCAAGAAGUACGAGGGCCACAACGUCGAUAUCCUUACCUUCAACCAGUCUCGAUACCCCAGAGUAUACAAGGACUCUCUCCUCCCCGUCCCCAAGCAUAACGACUCUCCCAUCAACGAGUGGUACCCCCCUGGCCACGGUGACGUUUUCGAGUCUCUCUACAACUCUGGCAUUCUCGACAAGCUUCUCGAGCGAGGCAUCGAGAUUAUCUUUCUUUCCAACGUCGACAACCUGGGCGCCGUGGUCGACCUUCGCAUUCUCCAGCACAUGAUGGAGACAAACGCUGAGUACAUCAUGGAGCUGACCAACAAGACCAAGGCCGACGUCAAGGGUGGUACAAUCAUCGACUAUGAGGGCUCAGUCCGCCUGCUCGAAAUUGCCCAGGUACCCAAGGAGCAUGUCAACGAGUUCAAGUCUAUCAAGAAGUUCAAGUACUUCAACACCAACAACAUCUGGCUCAACCUCAAGGCCAUUAAGCGUGUGGUAGAGAACGACGAACUCGAGAUGGAGAUUAUCCCCAACGGCAAAACCAUUCCUGGUGACAAGAAGGGCGAGUCCGAUAUCUCUAUCAUCCAGCUCGAGACCGCUGUCGGUGCUGCUAUCCGUCAUUUCAACAACGCUCACGGUGUCAACGUUCCCCGUCGACGAUUCUUGCCCGUCAAGACCUGUUCCGAUCUGAUGCUCGUCAAGUCUGAUCUCUACACAUUGAAGCACGGCCAGCUUCAAAUGAGUGCCGCUCGCUUCGGUGACGCACCCCUGAUCAAGCUUGGUGGUGACUUCAAGAAGGUCUCAGACUUCCAGAAGCGAAUCCCCUCCAUUCCUAAGGUGCUGGAGCUGGAUCACCUCACCAUCACCGGUGCCGUCAACCUUGGCCGCGGCGUAACGCUCAAGGGCACUGUUAUCAUUGUCGCGACAGAGGGCAGCACCAUCGACAUUCCCCCUGGAUCGAUCCUUGAGAACGUGGUUGUCCAGGGUAGCUUGCGCCUGCUCGAGCAUUAAAUUGGGAGCUUGUUGGAUGUUGUACGGUUCUGUGGCAGACUGUCUUAGGGUUUUAACUUGUCAUGGCCUUUCGAGGUGCAUCAGAUGGAUAAGGCAUGGGCAGACAUGUCAUGAGGCUUGAGGAUUGGAAUGUUUAUCCUAUGGUAUGGAAGAAGAGAAGCAACGUCUCCGAAUCGGUAGACAUGAGAGCCUGAUUCAAGCGUCACAUUGAACGCUUGCUGGGAGGAUAAGGUACACUUUGAGUAUGUACGUACUUGGCAAAACAGCAUUAGCUUGAUACCUAUACAUAGGUACAGCACAUUUUUAAUUGAAAAGGGCAAAUGACAAUUUCUCGAGAAAUGAAGGGUCUCAAGGAAAUGUGCCGGACAACGUCGUCGACUCAUGUUGGGACACGCCACAUCAUCUAACUUCUUAGCACUGUCAAUUCAUCGACAAAGCUAGCCUUUGUAUUAGCGGUGUUUCCUUGUAAAUGGGGCUGAUGGAGCCGAUAAGCCCGUAGCCGGCAGGCCUAUCCUCAUUUCGGACCAGAUCUUAACCUUAA